AUAGCACCCAAUGAUUGCCGCUUGGAGAUUCUCACGUCCCCGUGUCACCACCUAAUGCCACCCCCAACCCACCUCUGCCUCUUUUUAUGCCUCCCCAGGAGACGCACACAAACUAAACUCCAAACCAAUUUUCUCCCAUUUUUCAGGCAAAGGAAUGCAACAAAAAUCCACGUCGCCGCCGGCGGUAACCCCGUCCUACCUGUCGCAAAUACUUGAAUUUCCGUCGACCGACGCCGGUAAUGUCACUGAUGAUUACUCCCUCUUUGACUGGUCCAAUUUUCUUGAUUUCGACCUGGAUGAUAACUUAAACCUCGCCUUUGACCCACAAGCCAUUCAUGGACCUGAAUCAGAAUCCGGACCCAGUGUUGACCCGGUUCAAUCCCAAAGUCAACAAUACAACGAUUCAACCAGGGUGAGGAAGAGGGACCCGAGAUUGGUAUGCUCGAAUUUUUUGGCGGGGCGGGUCCCGUGUGCUUGCCCGGAGUUGGAUCAGAAGCUGGAGGAGGAGGCAAGUAGGGAUCAUCCGGGUAAGAAACGGGUUCGGACUGUUAGGAUUCCUGCUGGGGCUACUGCCCGGUGUCAGGUGCCGGAAUGCGAGGCCGAUAUUAGCGAGCUCAAAUGGUACCAUAGAAGCCACCGGAUCUGCUUGCGGUGUGCCAAUGCGAGUGCAGUGAUUCUUGAUGGCGAGAGCAAGAGAUAUUGCCAAAAGUGUGGAAAGUUUCACAUUUUGUCAGAUUUCGAUGAGGAUAAACGUAGUUGUAGGACAAAAUUAGAAAAACACAACGAGAGACGUCGAAGAAGGAAUAAUGAUUCUGAUGGAAGCAUUGAGAAGGAAUCUCAGCAGGUUGUUUUGGUUGACGAUGUCUCUUGCGAUGAUGACACUGGAAAAGAUAGCAUAUUCUUGAGCAGUCAGAUUGUGGAUCGGGAAACUUUCUUGGAGUCAGAAGGACAUUUAUCGACAAUAAGUUCGGGGCAGAGCGACAGUUUUUUGUUGUUUGCUGCAUCUGGUGAAACUCGUGUUGACAGGGAUAAACAGAAUCCCAAACAGAAAUAUUCCUCAUCCUGUGAGAACAAGAUCCCUUUCUUCUCUGCGUUUGCUGCUGGACGGAUCUCAUUCAAGCUUUAUGAUUGGAAUCCUGCAGACUUUCCUCGACGACUUCGGCAUCAAAUAUUUGAAUGGUUGGCCCACAUGCCUGUUGAACUAGAGGGGUAUAUCCGCCCAGGUUGUACAAUUUUGACAGCUUUUCUAGCAAUGCCCAAAUUAAUGUGGUUCAAGCUAUUGGAGGAGCCAGCCGAAUGUAUACAAGAACUUCUGGCCUCUCCUGAAAACAUGCUGUCUGGAAGAAUGCAUGUUUUUCUAGAUAACAAGAUAUUUCUUGUUGUUAAAGAUGUUUGUGUAGAGGAAGUCAAUGUGAAGGAACGAGCUCCAAAGCUUCAUUCCGUUUAUCCAACAUGUUUUGAAGCGGGGAAGCCUAUGGAGUUCAUUGCUUGUGGAACCAAUCUCCUUCAGCCACAAUUUCGGUUUCUUAUAUCAUUCGGGGGACGGUAUCUAGCAUAUAAUAUUUGUGUUUUGUCUGUGGGCCGUAAGAAAGAAGGGGACACCAACAGUGCUGACCACCAGUUACUGAAGAUUUAUGUCCCUCCAACUGACCUCUAUCUUUUUGGCCCUGCAUUUAUAGAGGUUGAGAAUCAGUCUGGUUUAUCGAAUUUCAUUCCUGUUCUUAUUGGGAACAAGGAAGUUUGUGAAGAAAUGGUGGUGUUGCAACAAAAGUUUAAUGCAUCUCACGACUCCGAAGAACAACAGUUAUCUUUCCCGAAGCCUGCAUGUGAAAUUUUGGCCUCAAGGCAAGACGAGUUCUCAGUGUUUCUUUUGGAAGUAGCAUGGUCACUCAAGAAACCGAUAUCAGAGCAACAGCUGACGUCUACUCAAAUGCAAAGAUUCAACUAUUUACUGAAUUUUCUGAUAGAAUGGGAAUCAACCAUCAUUUUGGAGAGAGUAUUGGAUUGCAUGAAAUCUACUAUGGACAAUAAUUUGGUUGUUGGUAAUUCUGACGCUGAUAUGAAGUUAUUUUGUGGAAAUAUUAGUAAUGCGAGAAAUAUACUUAACCGGAAACAAGAGGAAAAUGAAUAUUCAGUAUUGCAUGUGUCGGAUGGAAAAUUAUCCAGUCAAAGCUCUCAGUUCGAUUGUCAAUCUUCUGUUCCGGCUACUAAUCGGGGUCUCGAGACAAAGAAUGCGUUGCAGCAGAGAGUGGUUUUACCUUCUUUAGACGAAAGUGAAACCGUUCGUCUUUUGAAUGGAGAGGUGCUCAUGGGUGUAAACCUUAAGGAAAUGCCGGGAAAGUCUUGCCGUCGCUUAUUUACAAGGACGGUUUUGACCUCUCGUCCACUCGUCUUUGCAAUUGCUGCUGUUGGUGUUUGUUUUGGAAUAUGUGCAGUUGUUCUCCACCCUCAGAAGGUCAGUGAGCUUACCACAACUAUUCGCAGGUGUAUAUUUGAUAACUCUUAGCGCAUGUCUUGUACGCAAUGGCCGAUCAGACUUGACAGUGUAACAAACACGAUUUUAGUUUCUUUUUCAUCCUUAAAAUUGUUCCUCACUGUACAAACUACCUUACCAAACAAGUUACACAUUCAGCCAUUUUCGGUAAACUUGUUCGUGUUUGAGCUGAAAGUAACGGGGAAUACAUAUAAUCCCGGGUUUAUGACAUGAGAUACUAACGGUCUCGGAGCAACCUUGUAUAACUUCCUUAUGAAGAUAAUGUAACGGUUAAUGGCACACUUCUUUGUACGAGAUAUCAAUGCUAAUAGUAUU